CUGUUGUAUUGAUCUGCAUAUGGUUAUCUGUGGCCUUUUAAACAUUUCUGAGAAAUGUUUCACAGGUUUUUCCACUGUGAAACUUAGAAACCACAAAAAAAGAAGUGGCAGUUUCCUCAUCACUAUUAGGAAAAGCUGAUGGCCAGAGCUCAGCAAUUAAAGGCAUGUAUGUUUCUUGUAGAAGAAGACUGAUAUUAGUACUAAUGGGAUCUCUUUUGUAUUUGCCAGCUAUACUCCUAUUGCUGCUUGACCCCUGUGUGGGAGAAAGAAUGGUGUCUAUUCAGAAAGGACCUCUUUACCGAGUAAAAGGCACACACAUCACUAUUUGGUGUAACGUCAGUGGCUACCAAAAAUUGGAACAGAAUUUUGAGUGGUCCUCUUAUCUGCUAUCAGCUCCACAGAGAGAGAUGCAAAUCAUCAGCACUAGAGACAGUGGAUUCUCUUAUGCUCUCUACUCCAAGCGUGUCAAAAGUGGGGAAAUUUACAUUGAAAAGAUCAAGGAAGAUUCUGUUCUCCUGCACAUUACAGACCUCAAGGAGAACGAUGCUGGUGUAUAUGAAUGCCACACACCCAACACAGAAGGUGUUUAUCUUGGGACUUACAAUGCCAAAACAAAUCUCUCAGUAAUUCCAGACACACUCUCUGUCACCAUGAAGUCACAGAUUCCCAUGCAAAAUGAAGGCGACUCUUUGGAUCUCAUUUGUCAAAUAUCAGUGGCAACAGCACAACAUACCCAUCUUUCUGUUGCUUGGUAUGUAAUACCAGAAGGAAGGGACAGAAAGGCCCAGAAGAUUCUUUCCCUGUCCAAAGAUUACGUUCUAUUUCCAGGCCCUUCCUACACUGAGCGGUUCAACUCAAGAGACAUCAGACUAGUGAAAACUGGGGAUACUGAAUAUAAAUUUUCCAUCAUCAAACUUCAACAAUCAGAUCAAGGUAAAUUGUACUGUGAAGCAGUGGAAUGGAUUCAAGACCCUGAUGGAACUUGGAAAGAUAUUAUCCAGAAACAGACAAAUACAACAUCAUUGACCAUUAAAUGCCUUGAUAAAAAAUCAAAUAUGAAUAACACUGCUGACAAAAAUUCAGCUCCGAACGGAAAAGAAAACAACCUCAAGUGCUCAGUGGAAACCCAGAAUAUCCAUGGUUCUGUAUGGGUUGGCUCCAUCAUGAUGGGGUGGUGGUUAGUGCUGAUCAUUACUGGGCCUCGUCUGUCCGAAAUGACAGUGAAGCAAGGCCUAGUGUGAGAAAUCUUCUAGUGCAGCAGCAAAGCAGUGACAAGCAUAUCUUUAUGGUAAGUCAGGUGGAAGUGAUAGACAAAGGGACAUAGAGCUAUAAGAUUUCUGAAAUACAAAACAUGCUCUGAGUUCAUUUUUCAUUAUACAAGAAAAAUUCUUCUGGCAUCAGUACAAAUAUGAAGUCUCAAGGUCAAUCAGGCUAGAUUUUUUUUUCUAUACAUAAAGUUGGCUUGACUAAUAAAAUGCUGUUUUUUCUCAGAACUGAUAGAUUGUAGCUUUUCUAUUAUGUAUGGCAAAUGCAUUUGUUCAGAAUUUUCUAGAAUUUUCACAUUCUGUAGUUAAAGUCAUUCUCAAAAGUUUUGAGAUAUUUGGGAACUGUGAGGUUUGUGUUGUAUAUAAAUAUAUAGAAUAAAUAAAUAGAUAACUGAAAAUAACUGAGAAAAUUUAUUUUAAAAUAGCAGGGAAAAAUAAAGCAGGUGGCAUAAAACAAAAGAAUAAAAAGGUGUCCCAAGAUAAGGGAAUGGAUUAUGUGCUUUAUAAUAAGGGAACAAAAUCUCUGACUUCCAAAUAUCACAAUUUAAACCAAAUAUAUUUGCAUGUAAAACUUUUGCAUGCUUCAAUGCAUCCCUAUGUGAAUAGAAGCUAACAUGACCUUAGCAUGGUGCAAAGUUAAAUAUAACGAUUUUCUGAACAUUUGAAUACAAUCUUACCACUUAUGCAUAUUUUUUUGAAUCCACAUGUUAAGGUGUUGUAUAUAAUUUUGUACUAUGUAGAGGCUAUUUCAGCUUCUGUUCACUUAGGCAUUCAUUGGAAUUUCCAUUUUUGCAGAGUGCCUGAACUUUUAUAUGCACAUAAACUUUGAGAAAUACAAAAAAAUAAAUAAAAAGGAUUUCUGGUUUGCGCUUGUAGUGCAUGGCUGUGCGACAGUGGACCUCUGCUCCUCAUGGCUAAUUUUGCCCUGCCAGGGGGACCCUAGAUGGGUCUGAAGUCGCCCCGUAAAGGUUACCGCAAAGGAGGGGCGCUCCAUUGAUCAUGAAGGAAGUUUACCUUUAUUUUAUUGGCAACAGCAAAGCCCUUAGCUAUGCAAAUCAUGCCAAUGUGGAAUGUAUUAAAGUUAACAAACACACCAGAAUACUUGAUUAUUCUUUCUUUUGUGUUUUUAAAAUGAAAUAUAGUUUACUAAAAAGUUUAGUCUGGUUGGCAGUUGGAAAGGAAGUGAAACAAAGAUGCAUGUUAUGAAGGAACAAAACAAAUUCUUGAAUCAAGAUGGCCAAAUUAUUGAGUUCCCUGAACUCAAGGGAAACCUCUGAACAUGUUAAGGAGAUAAUUAAGUCUUCUCGGGUAUCUUCAGAUGCUGGCUCACAAGUUAUCUCAAAUCCACACUUCUAUUUUAAUAGAUAUUUUAAUAGUCAGCAAUUAACCACAAGAGUUACUUCUUGCCAAAUUCCAUUUUAUUAAUAUUCUCACUAUAAGUGGAAAAUCUAUCAGAAAAUAUAAAAAAAAGAUGAUUGGCAUUUGAUAUCAUUAUUGGUUAGUAUUUAUCAUACAACUAUAUAAACAUUGCUUGUAUCCUCCUUAAGCGGAAAGAAUCUUAAAGUCUGACCCCAGUGCUGAUCAAAUAAACUUGGUGCUUUCUGAGCUUGCUUGGUUUUUUUUUUUUUUUUUUUGCAGACUCCUAUUUACCUACUUGGUAACAAAUUUGAUGUUUGAUUAUUUGUCUGUUGGUAGUUCCUUGAAUGGGAUAUUGUUACUGCUUUUGUUGAUCUGGUAUUAAACCUGGUGUUAAUCUCUGCUUAUCUGAGUAUUGAAUUGCUUGCUUUGAUCUUUCCUAUUUGUUUUUUUUGAUUAUCUCUUUUGAAUGAUAUGUAGACGUUGUUUAUCUCUGUGUGCAGGUUGAUGACUGAUUUGUCUGAAUGCCACAAAUAAACUUUGGCUCAAGCAGAUUGCAUAGUCACCACUCAUAAACUGUGUCACAGGGAACUUUUUUCUCCUUUCAUUACCUGUUUAAAAUAUACAGCAAUGCAUUAUCAGUCUGUAGGAUUU